CAAUUAUCACGUUCAGUGACAAACAAACUCAGGCCAGUGUGAUAUCACAGUCUGUAUUCAAGACAACUCAUAUCUGCCAGUGUGACAUUGAAUUCUGCACUGUAUAUUGUAUAUAUAAAAUACUAUUUGCCAACAAUCAGUAUUGAACAGAGGAAUUAUAGAAAGGGGUUAUGCAGUUCUGAUGUAGAGCCAAUGAGCUAAAGCAGAGUGUAUGUUAUCCCAUAAGGAUGUCCCCGAUAUUGCCACUGCUGUUGCUGAGUCUAUACCUCACAUUGGGGACAACUCUAGCCCAGGACGAUGAGGAGCCCCUGCUCAGAGUGCUGCCCCCUGCUAUAGCUGUGACCCCUGGGGAGGAGGUCAGCCUCGUCUGCUCACACUACCCAGAGGACCUGGAGGCUGACCUAGAGCUGCAGUGGUACCUCCCCAACAGCGAGGAGCCCAUAUCUGCCCAGGAAUUCAAUGAGACCACAGUCAACACCACGCAGGAUGACAUUCUGCGAUUCAGCAGCGAGAACGGGACUCUGACAAUUACCAAUGCGAGUUUAUCAGAUUCUGGUACGUACGUCUGCAGGAACGUCGACCGUACAUUGGAGGUGGAGGCAGAGGUGAAGGUGUAUGUGAUGCCCUCCUAUGUGACAGAGAUCAUGGUGGUACUUGCCAUCAACGCUGUGCUGGUACUUGUGUUCCUGGGCUGCUACUUCUGGUCCAUCAUAAAUGACAGAAGGUACAAGAAACAACAGCAGGCAAGAGAAAAACUGGGCCAUAAACGCUAGAGUAAGAUGUGACAGUGCUCUUUCUUAAAAUAUAGGCUCAAUCUAAAGCUGAUAUCAUCACACUCUGAAUACCACACGACAAUAUGAAAUAGAAAUGAAGUGACUUUUGUUAAAAGUCAAAGUGACUAAAGCAAUGUAAAUUCAUAAGUGAGUCUGCUAGAAAUAUUAAAGUUCAUGUUUUUCAUAUCCUUUCUAUGGAUAUGUUAAUCAGGCAAAUCAUCUCGUCAACAGUAUCUUUAUGUGCAUUGUUCGUUUUAAAUAUCAGUGAAAUGGACGAACUCAGUUUUAAUAUAUAUUAUGAUAUAUAAAUAGAUUUCCUUGAUCUACAAAGCCACUAUGGUUAAGUUUCAAUAAUAUGCUAAAAAUA